AUGAUAGAAGGGUGCUCGCAAGAAGUGCAGAUCAAGGAAGUCAGGUGGAUGAGACCUCCUGAUACCAUUUUCAAACUUAAUACAGAUGGGAGCUCUUUAAAUAACCCUGACAGCAUAGGAGGAGGGGGCACUCUCAGGGAUUCUCUUGGGAAAAUGGUCUAUCCUUUUACCAUUCCUUUAGGAGUUGGUACCAAUAACCGGGUAGAAACUUUGGCAGCAAUACAUGGUCUUCAGUGGUGUGUACAACAUGGCUACAAGAAUAUUAUUCUGAAGGUUGAUUCCGAGUUGCUAACCAAAUGGAUUGCUCAAAACAUCAAAUCUCCAUGGAAGCUGCAAUAUCACAUUAGAACCCGUAUCACACCAACUAAUUAUUUGGAAUUUUUCCAAUGCAAGCAUACAUAUAGGGAAGCCAAUAGUACAACAGACUUCUUAUCGAAAAGAAGUCAUAAAACUGAUAUAGUUCAUGACUAUUAUAACAACCAACAACUACCAGGAGCAGCAAAAAGAAGUUAUCUACUAGAGGAAAUGGGGAUGAUCAACUUUAGAAGGAGGAAAUUGAAACGAAUCAAACAACCACCUUGA